AUGGAUGCCAGCGGCAGGGAUGAAGCGCUCACGAGAUUGGUUGAGGACCUCUCGGACUUAGCUGCCGCAGCCAAGAACCUGAAGCUGGAGGCGGAGAACCUUAGCCGAUUCUCCCAACUCAUUUCCGAUGUCAAGGACCUCCGCCUCCGGCUCGAAUCGCAGCAGACCUUCCAGCUCGAUCAUGGAUUCAUAGCAAACAUUUUGCAGGAGCUCGACACCGAAGUCCACAGGGUUCGCAAAGUCAUCGGCGAUUGCAACUCCGAAACCCUCCUCAGCCUCUCCGAACUGAACCAAUCCGCCAAAGCCAUGGCCGCCACACUCCGCCUCGAGACCACGGAGUUCAAAUUUGCAGCAGAUGCUGAAGCUUACCAGGUCCCACAACUAGUACAGUUGCUCGACAGCUCUGCAACAGCUUCUUCGAGUUCUAGGGCAAGCACUGAUGAGGAGAUCUCCAGCCCGCACAGUUCCUUCUUCCGAUCUUUCGAUGGCGAGAUGCUAACGGAUCCCGUCUCCGUAUCCUGCGGCCAUAGCUUCGAGAGAAGGAUCAUAGAGGAGCAUCUAAGGCUGGGGAACUGCCGGUGCCCCGAGUGCGACAAAGAGCUUUCUCCGACGGAGACGCUCACUCCGAACACCGCGCUACGAAAAUACAUCUUGGAAAAGAAGCAGAGAAAUGCUGUUAAGAAGCUGAGGCAUGAAGCUUCCUUGCUUCGCUCGGAGGAUUUGGAAUCGGUGAACCGUGCCCUAGAUGACCUAAACGACGCUAUGAAGGUAAUUCCUAGCUGUAUCGCUAAGGCGAAGGAAUAUAAGCUUAUUCCUGUGCUCGCAUUGCUCCUCAAGAAGAGUUCAGGAAACACCAGAGCGGUGCUCAGUUGCCUCCGCCUUAUCGCACGCUUUUCGGAUGAGAAUAAGGAAACGAUGGGAACGACGGGGGUGAUUAGGUGCCUUAUGAAGCUUCUCCGCGGCGCUGAGCCAGAACCUUAUGCAUUAGAGAUCAUGCUGGAGCUGUCCAAGAUAGAAGUCAUUGCGGACAAGAUUGGCAAUGAUCCGAACUCCAUUCCCAUCUUGGUCUCCCUGCUCAACUAUCCAACUUCGGAUAUGGCGGAGAUGGCGCGCAGUGUUCUAGAGAACCUCUCUGGAAUCCAAUCCACCAUUAUGAUGGCUAGAUGCGGAUACUUCAGUCCCUUCCUCGAACGCUUUUGCAGAGGGAACUCUGAGGAGACGAGAGCUUCGAUGGCAAAUGAAUUGGCUCGGAUGAGAUUAACAGAAGUUUCUGCUAGGAGCUUGGAAGACGACCAGUUUAUUACUUGCCUAAUCGAGUUGCUUGGCUGCAGCUCGCCUUCGAGCAAAUCGGCAUCCUUACAGUGCAUCAAGCAGCUCAUUGCUUUCAGUGAGUUCAGGUCCCGCUUCCUGUCGAACGAAUUCGCCAUUCCUGCUAUGCUAAGCCUCAUUACCGAAGCUUCAGAGCAGCAUUGGAAGCAGGAAGCAGUGGUGGUUCUCGUCUCACUUGUUCAGACAAGCCCACCUACGGAUCACCAGAACAAGCCAAGAUUGCAGCACGGAAAUGGAUAA